UCGAAGUCAUUCGACAGUUUUUAUUUCGUACGGUUGUUCUGGCCGGCUGCGCAUUAAAUUCACGUUCACUUUUUUAUUUGUUCAAGCAGCAAUUGUUUAGAGGUUUGACGACAAAAUUUUUGGAGUUGGAGUAGGAAGAGGCUGCAUUUUGUCAGUCCAAAGCCAAAAAUUUUAGGUGAUAUUUGUCAAGUGUGGUGAAAAUUUGUGUCAGUGUUAGAAAUUAAGAACUAUUAACCCAGUCUAGUCAAUAUGAAGUGUUUCGUUAGUUCCGCGUGUGUUUUAAGUGUGUUACUGGCCACAGCUUGCGCAGCGCCUUUAGUUUCUACUGGACUCCAGGUGUCAGGUGGUGCUUCGACGGGAGGAGGUGGACUCACCAAUAUACUAUCAAACAUUGAUUUACCUGGAUUAUUACAAGGAGUCAACAGUCUAGUAAAAUUGGUCGGGGCUUUCUGUCCGCCUCUAUCGCAGGUACUGGAUAAUGUCGUCCAAAAUGUAACCAGUACGGCAUUCAGGGUGUUUGGUAGAAUCAUUUUGAGGAGCGGAGGUUUGGGUGGCGGAAGCGGCAAUAGCGGUGCUAGCGGCAGUGGCGGAGGACAAAGAGUAAAUGUUGUUCUCCCAACUUUCCCACCAGAUGACGACGAAGAUUACGAUGACGAAGAUAAUGCCUCGAGUACUGUUUCUUCUUCCACCGAAACGAUCAAUCCCGUUACUGCUGCGGUAACUCUCUACACCUCAGCCGGUCUCGAAGAUGAAGCUUCGAACGCGAUAGCGAAACGUCACGUUCGAGUGGUUCGCGAAGCUGAAGCCGAAGCCGAAGCGGAAGCUGCGGAAGAUCAAGAAGGCGCGGAAUCUGCCCCCGAGCCUGGUGAAGAAACCGCCGAGGCUGACGAUCAAGAUAGAUUGAAACGUUUUCUUCCUUGGGGCGGUGGCGACGACCAUGGUCACAAUGCCGGUUCGGGCAAUUUCUUGUUCGAUAUCAUCAGGCUAGUAGCAGGUUCUGGGGCAAGCGAAGGUUCCGACGAGCACGAUCACGGAGGUGUUGCCGAAAUUGACAUCAAACACGACAACGGUGAAGGUAUUCCUGGACCUAUCACCAGGUUUUUCGUGAUUGCUAACCGCGGCAUUGCCAAUGUAAUACAAGACCUCAUCUUGCGUCUCGCCCAAACCAGCGAGAGAUUAGUGAACUUCAAGGCUCGUUUGAUCACAUCCCUUAUCUAAGCGAACACGUUGCCAUCAAACACCAGUCAAAACUUAGGACUCUUCGAGACAAUUUCAAAACGACAUCGACAACAGGGACAUUUCUUUUUGUUAGACUAACGGAUCAAAUUUGUCUUACAAUAAUUGAAAAAUUUCGUUAUAUUUUAUUAUUUAAAACACGGUUUGUUGUAAAUAUUCUAGCUCUUAUUUUUGCGUUUCCACUAAGCAAUUUUUUCUUGCCAUUAUUUCAACUUUCUGUCACUAAUUUUCAGGUUCUAUUUGAAUUUGGUUUUCCUUUGAAAACGGCUAUUUGUAAUAUUUUCGCUUUGAAUUGUGAUUUGCUUCCAGCACCGCUUUCUUCGAGUCUAAUUGGUAAUGCAAGUUUUUAAGUUCCAAAUGAAAUGAUCUAACUAGUUAACGGGCAAUUUUAGGUUGUAUAGUAUUAAUUCCUCUUCACUUCCUUAUAUUUAUUUUAGUUCCUAUUGCUUAUGGCUUCGGAUUAUAAUUUCAAACUUAAAUAGGUACUCUAAAAUGGCUUUUUUUCUUUUAAUAAUUGAAUUGAGAAUUAUCGCUUCGUGGAACUUAAAAAUUUUGAGAAAAGUGCAUUUUGUACAUAACCUGAACAAUUGCUCACCUGUAAAAUUUUCAUGAAAUCCUUAAUUGUUGUAUAUAUGAAAAGAUUUCUACAUCGAAAUGUAGGAAAAUUUUUCUCUCUUCUCUUAUUCUAUAUAGUAGUUUUAGUGUAAAUAGAUCGGACAAAAUUUAAGAAUGCAGUCAGGUUCAUAAGAAUGUGUUGUUAAAGAUAAGUAGGAAAUGUAUGUUUUUUAAAUUAAGUUAAUAAAAUGUAGUUAGGA